GAGGCUUUUGCCGUAUGGGAAAAGCAGCUGGCUCCUACAGCACUGGCUCUUCCUGAUGGCCCGCAGCGGCAGCGGUACGGUGCUGUGGCCAAGCUGCUUGCGGCGUGUUUGUUUGAUUCUGACGAGUACACGAAAGCAGUUGUGUGUUUGGCGCACGUCGUACGUCUGCUUGAGAACGAUACGCACUCUCGGCUAUUGCUCACAUGCUGGUUAUGUUUUCUGGGGCACUGGUCACUGGCCAGGAUGCAGUUGAAUCGGAGGAUGAAGGAGAAGAAGCCAGUCACUGCCCAUUCAGCUGUCAUUGAUGGAGCCAUUGACUGCGCUAUAAAGCUGCAUACUUCUAAUACGGAGAUUGGGGACCCGCUGUUUAAUAUGGAAGCGAUGAAAGCUCGGUACGAGACGCUUGUGAAAUGCCGAAGUAGCGUGUUUUACGAAGACGAGAAUAUCUUGGAGAGUGAAAAUUUCAAAGCCCUGGAAAGAGUGCCGUUUUCAAAGGAAGGCACACUGAAUGAUUCGAAAAUUGAUGAAUAUUUGAAAUUGAACGCAGUUGUGGCGGAACAUUUCAUUCUCACUGCGCAGUUUGCCCUCAAAUAUAUCGAAAAAGGAAUUCUUCGUGAGAGUGAAAACGAGACGCUUAGAUUACUGCAGCAAAUGUUCAAAGCCGCAAGCAUGCAGAGGUAUCUGCUUAACUUUUCUUAA